AUGCCGAUGCUACUUGUGGCUAUUCCUCUGCAGAAGUCAUGGCUCGGUCUAUCCUACUGGAGAACGCCAUCCAUCAUGGAGCUACCCGUCGAACUAGAGUACAUACCCUACGAGGAAUUCGAGGAAAGGUUCUCGAGACUGAACCAGAUAGCGAGGCCCACCUACCCAACCAUCUGGCCCAAUAUCCUAAUGGUCUUUAUCUUUGGUGCCCUGAUCGUAACUGCUGCCGUAGGAAUGGCUCGUAACCAGUCUGGACUGGCUGUGAUGGGACAAGUCGCCUGUUUUGUGAUCCCUAUCCUUGCCAUUCUCUGGAUCCGGGUUCGUAAAGAAGGCAAAGCCCGCGCACGGAAGCAGUUCAAGAGAAGGUCGAUAAAGUUACUCCGGGAAUGGACAGAACAGGACACAACAGCAUUCGCAAUCCAGUGGAAGCUGCGCUUGCGAGUGUGGAACGAUGUCCGCCGCAGACGGGCUGCUGCGGUUGCUGCUGCGGGGUCAGAUCAUACUCAGGAACAGGAACAGGACCAGGACCAGGAGGUUGAUGAUAUGCAGGAACAACUACCAGCGCAGCAACAGAGUGUUCCUAUUCACAUCGAAUCCGUAGACGGCAACAACAAUGACACAGAUACCCAGACAACAACGACGAUUCAACGCCCACCACGCGUCGCAGACGUCUAUGCAGCACUACGACUUCCUACACCCCCCAACUAUAUCAGCUCCGACACCGACGAUACUCCCACACUCUCUACACCCUCACUCACAUCGACGACUACGCCAUCCCGCCGUCGUAUGAGAACACCACCAUCACAACAAACACCGCAACAGCAACAACAAGAACCAAGCAGCACUCAAUCGACCUCCGACUCACCGCACACACUAUUGGAGACUAGCCGGCGGUCUUGGAUUGAACAACUACGAGAUCUUUCUUCUCGCUUACUGUUCACAGAGACGCGGGUGUGGAUGAUCGAAAUUUCGAGGAGGGAUGGCGUCAUGGACGAGUAUGCGUUGGCGGUGCCUAGUCCUGUUUAUUGUGGGUACCGAUUACCGGGGUAUGAGGAUGUUUUGUUAUCUCAGCAGUUGCAGCAACAGGAUCAGGCACAGUAUGCUAGGGGAGGGACGGGUGGAGAUGCGGUGGCUAUUAUCAGCGGAGUACGACUGUCGCCUUCAACCACUGCUGUGAAUAGUGUAUCACAGCAACAGCAGAGUCGGUAUGGAGGACCGCCUCCUGCGUACUUUAGUGACUCGGAGGAUGAAGAUGAGGAGGAUGACGACGAUGAGGAGGAAAGAGUGCAGAGCGGUACUAUUACUCCUGCGGCUGGUGAUAGUAGUAGUGGCAAUGGAGGUAUCAGCGGCCCGGUAGAAUUGUCAACAGGAGGAGUGACAACGAGUGGCACACUUCAACACCAACGACCUAUAGAGAUGACUACUGUUACUCUAUCAUCCGGUCCCACCAUUCCUUCUGCUGCACCCAAUGCACGGAUAGGAGGCCACCUAGGUCGACUCGGAAACCAUCAUCGCCAACAGCAAGGAUCGACAAUGAGUGGGAGCACGAUGACAAUGUCGUCGACCUGUUCUGCGGCGACCUCUCGGACGACUCUUGCCUUGACCCUCGCCGACAGGGACAGGGACGGCGACGAGGAUGAUGUGGGAGAUGAGGAUGUCAUUUCUUCGACAAACAAAGAAGGAACCAAAUAA